AUGUCAGCGCUGGGCUCUUCACCAUUCGCGCUACUCGCAACGACAACCGACGUCAACUAUGAGCUGGCUCUCCUCAGCCUCCGAAUCCUCCAGCCAUUCGCCAUUCUCCUCAUUGCCCUCGUUUCGGUUCUGCUCGAUCCUGCAAAACAAUUUCUGGCUCGCCGCUUGCAUUCGCAACGAUCCGACUACGAACAGCUGCGCGCGGAGGCAAGUCGCGAAGAUGAUGACGACGCACCACAGCCAACACCCGUCAUCGUGCCAGUUCGAUCACGCCGCCGUCUCUUGACGCAGUCCGCUCAGCUCGGCCUAGCUGCCACCUUCUUCAUCUCAGGCGUCCUCAUCAUUCUUCGAGCCGUGCUGCCUCCCAAAGAAUGGCAGCCCGAUCUCUACCUCUGGGCCGCCGUCGACGUGCAAGCUCUCGGCGGUCUGCUGGCAUGGGGCUCGAUAGUCAUUGCUGCACUGUGGGAGGAAAAGGUGCGAGGCAGGGGCAAGUACGGCAGAGGCAAGUCGGCUUGGUCCCUCACCGUGGGCGCCAUCGCCGAUAUCUUGCUUCUCGUCUUCUACAUGAUUCCCAAGGAGCGUCGAGACCUUCCUUCCACCAGUCCGUGGUCCAUCGCCCAACUCGGACUCAUCAUCCUCCGACUCUUGCUUCUCUAUCCCGUGCUCAUCCUCGCCUUGUCAUGGGACCGUGUUCGCUUCGUGCGUGCUGCCGAGCUGGCCAACGAGGCUGCCACCAGCGGUCCCUCUUCUUCUUCUGCGCAGCCACGCUCGGCGCCGACCACGAACAGCGAGUCGACCGGCCUUCUCCAAGCUCCAGGCUCCUCUGCCACCCCUUCGUACGGCGCUACUAGCACCACCGUCAACGUCAACGGCAACGCAAAGCAAAAGUCGGCUGCCAACUCGGGUACACAGACGCCCAACCGCGAUCCAAAUGCCUCUAUGGGUCUCACCGUCGCUGCAGUACCGCCGCCCCCCACCUUUAAGGUCUUCCUCUACCGCAUCAAAUUCCUCUUCCCUUACCUCUGGCCUUCCAAGUCGCUCCGCCUACAGCUCAUUGCGGUCGCCUGCGUCAUCCUUCUCUUUGCAGCGCGCGUCGUCAACUUCUUCACCCCACUCGCCCUCGGUAAGCUCGUCGAAGACCUUUCCACCGGCGCCUCGCCCUGGUGGGACGUCGUCCUCUACUCUGGCCUCAAGAUGCUGCAAGGCUCCGGAAGCUUGCUCAGCGUUUUGCAGAACAUCCUCUGGGUGCCCGUGGAGCAGUACUCGGACCGCAUGAUGAGCAUGAUGGCCUUCGAGCAUCUGCUCAACCUCAGCAUGUCCUUUCACACCAAGAAGAAGACCGGCGAGGUGCUGCGGAUCCUCGAUCGUGGCAGCGCCAUCAACAAUUUCUUCCAGUACCUCCUCUUCAGCCUGCUUCCCGUCUUUAUCGACAUCUUUGUCGCCAUGUUCUACAUGACGCGCACCUACAGCCCCGCCAUCGGCAUUGCGCUCUUUGUGGUCAUGGUCGCGUACACGUGGGUCAGCGUCCAGCUCACCACCUGGAGGACGGGACUUCGCCGAGCUAUGAACAACAAGGACUCGAUCUGCCGCGCCAUCUCAGCCGAUGUGCUCAUGAACUGGGAGACCGUCAAGUGCUACUCGAACGAAUCGUACGAGGCCGAGCGCUUCCGCAGUGCUCUGCAGGAAUACCAAAAGACCGAAUUCAAGGUGAUCGGCAGUCUCAACAUGCUCAACAUGGUGCAGAACCUCAUCCUGUCUUUCGGUACGCUCUUCACCAUCAUGCUUGCCGCUGGCAGUGUCGUGCGCGGCGAGACGACCAGCUCGCAGUUUGUCGUCUUUGUCACCUACCUCCAGCAAGUCUACUCGCCCUUGUCCAUGCUCGGCACUCUAUACCGCGUGGUGCAGCAGAACCUCGUCGACACCGACAAGCUCAUGACGCUGCUCGAGGAGAAGACGGAAGUCAAGGAUCUGCCGGAUGCCAAGGACCUCGUCGUCACGGAUGGUAUCAUCGAAUUCCAGGACGUGCGUUUCUCGUACGACGGCAAGGUGGAGGCGCUCAAGGGAUUGAGUUUCAAGAUCGACCGUCAUUCGAGCGUGGCCCUGGUCGGCGAAUCUGGUGCAGGCAAGUCAUCGGUUCUGCGUCUGCUCUACCGCUUCUACGACAUACAAUCCGGACGAAUCCUCAUCGAUGGUCAAGACAUCCGCCAUGUGACGCAGCGAUCGCUCCGACGUGCCAUCGGUGUCGUGCCGCAAGAGCCUUCGCUGUUCAACAACGACAUCCGCACCAACAUCCUGUACGGCGACACCAAGGCAUCAGACGAGGCAGUCGAGGCUGCAGCCCUCGCUGCUCAGAUCCACGACCGCAUCCAGGGCUUCCCGGAUGGCUACGGCACUGUCGUCGGCGAGCGCGGUGUCCGUCUGUCCGGUGGUGAGAAGCAACGUGUCGCCAUCGCGCGGACCAUCCUCAAGAACCCUCCCAUCUUGCUGCUCGAUGAAGCAACAUCGGCACUUGACAGCCAGACAGAGCGUCAAUUGCAGUCGGCGCUGAACAAUCUCAUGCAGGGCCGAUCCAGCCUGACCAUCGCACAUCGUCUCUCCACCAUCAUCAACUGCGACACCAUCAUCGUCAUGGACGCGGGUCGUGUGGUCGAGGUCGGCUCGCAUGCCGACCUGAUCGCACGCGAGGGACUGUACAGCAAGAUGUGGGAGCAGCAGAUCAAGACGCAGAAGGAGCAGGAGGCGGCAGCGGCGGCUCAGGAGGCGAGUCGCGAGGUCAAGGUCGAGGCUGAAGCCAAGAAGGAAGACGUAAAGUCGGUGGAGGCGCAGCCGGGUCUGCUUGGCAUUGUUCCGCCUGCCGUCACUGGCGAGCCAGAGAACCCGAUUCAAGGCGUUGAGCAGGCGCCGAAUGGCAGCAACAGCAGUACUGCGGCGGAUGCAGAGUCGUCCUCCACAGCAGCGAACAGCGGAUCGGAAGCAGCGCCCGAGCAGACCGAGAUCCAGGCCGCUGCCGAGCUGGCUCAGAAGACGCAGCCAGACGCCUCGUCGAAUCAGGAAGCAAAAGGCAACAAGGACCAUCUCAUGGUCGAGUCGGCGCCGACGCCGGCGAGCAUGAGCCGCAGCGGGUCGGAGUCGGUGCAGGACGACUCGCCCUCGGGGUCGGACCUGGCAAACAGCGGUACACUCAGCAAGGACGAUAAGAAGAGGCAAGCGAACCGCAAGAAGAAUGCCAAGCGUAGGGAGAAGGAGAAGCAGAAGAGGUCGAGCGACUGA